UUCCAAAAAAGUAUUCGGUAUCCAAGGGGAUCCAGUAACUCCUCUAGGAAAGUACAUAUUUGACAGGCUACGGUCAGCUCGAGCUUGCACUCCAGCUUUAAAUUCAGCGUGGUCCAGACGCGUGGAGCUCCUCACCUUCUACACAAGUUUGUUUCUCUUGUCAGUAGGCUAGAUCAACCCAACAACAGCACAGCCAUGGAUGCCAUCAAGAAGAAGAUGCAGAUGCUUAAGCUCGACAAGGAGAAUGCCUUGGACAGAGCUGAAGGAGCUGAGGGAGACAAAAAGGCAGCGGAGGACAAGAGCAAACAGCUUGAGGAUGACCUGGUAACUCUGCAGAAAAAGCUGAAAGGAACAGAGGAUGAGUUGGACAAGUACUCCGAGUCUCUAAAGGAUGCCCAGGAAAAACUUGAGCUCGCUGAAAAGAAAGCCACAGACGCUGAGGCUGAUGUCGCCUCCCUGAACAGACGUAUCCAGCUGGUUGAGGAGGAGUUGGAUCGUGCUCAGGAGCGUCUGGCCACAGCUCUGACUAAGCUGGAGGAGGCUGAGAAGGCUGCCGAUGAGAGUGAGAGAGGCAUGAAGGUUAUUGAGAACAGGGCGUCGAAGGAUGAGGAGAAAAUGGAGUUGCAAGAGAUCCAGCUGAAGGAGGCGAAGCACAUCGCUGAGGAGGCUGAUAGAAAAUACGAGGAGGUCGCUCGCAAGCUGGUCAUCAUUGAGAGUGAUCUGGAACGUACAGAGGAGCGUGCUGAAUUGUCUGAGGGCAAAUGCUCUGAGCUUGAGGAAGAGUUAAAGACAGUCACAAACAACCUGAAGUCUCUUGAGGCUCAGGCAGAGAAGUACUCACAGAAGGAGGACAAGUAUGAGGAGGAGAUCAAGGUUCUUACAGACAAGCUGAAGGAGGCUGAGACCCGUGCUGAGUUUGCUGAGAGGUCCGUUGCGAAGCUUGAGAAGACCAUUGAUGAUCUGGAGGACCCUCUGUACCAGCAGCUUGAGAAAAACCGCCUCCUUUCCAAUGAACUGAGAGUGGUAUUAAAUCAGGAUUGAACCAAAACUGGAUGUCUUGUGGAUUUAGCACAGUUUGAAUUCAAUUGGCCAUAUACAGUGCAUUUAUAUUAGAAUAAAACUGACAGUCUCUUUAUUUAUGUUGCAAAACUAAAAUCUCUAUUGUCUUGGCAUGUCAUUGGCCAUAUACAUUUCUCUGAUGCUAUAACAGAAAUAUAGUUUGCGUGUCUCUGACACAGGAAAUAUAAUUUUCAAUUGUUUUAAUACAUUUAUUGGGAAGGAAGUCUACAUCAUUUGGAUGUAGAUUUUGCGGAGCAUCAGAGAAAUGAAAUGCAUGUUCACUAAAAGAAAUGCAUGUUCUCGUUGCAGGUAACAAGGGUGGGUUUCACAGACUCAGAGUAAAUGGAUUUAAGAAAGGGCCUGUUUUGGUUCAAUUUAUCAACAACUGGACUUGUUGCAUGGAUCACAAUAACCAGAUUAGUGGUUACUGUGACUUUGUCGCUGUACAUGGGUAUUUCCGGGCAUUAUCAGAGUCUGUAAAACUGACCCCAAUGUAUGAUAAGGUUUGAAAUUAGUGGGCAUAAAUAACACACACUGACUUUGGUUGACUAAAGAAAUACACAGGGACCAUAUUUUAUCUUUUUAGCAUUAACAAUCUUCAUUCAAAAUGAUUGUUUCUGUAAACUUAUAAAAAUGAUUUGUUUUUCAUUCUGAAAGGA